AUGUUACUAAGCCAAUACAAGUCGGUUCAGGCAGCUCAAGCUGGCCAAUCCCAUGCUCAUCUAGCAAAAGGUCGUUCAUUUCGCGCAGGAGCGAAGGCAAAUUCGUUUACGGGUCCCGAGUCAAAUAGUCGAUAUGGUAAUGGAUGUGUGCGUCAUCUCAUCUCAGAACAAGUGAUCAGAAUUGUAAGUGUCCUUACGGCGCAAUGCAUUGAAGAACGUCUAGGAGUGUAG